AUGACAGAUCUAAACGUAAGCAGUUGGAAAGCGGCAAGAGAUCUAUUAGAGCGACCGAUCUACCUUGUAGUUAUCGAAACUAUUGUUUUAGCCGUUAUUUUUGUUAUAUCAACAACUGGCAACAUUUUCUCGUGUUUCAUUAUGUAUACGAGCCCACGUCUUCGCACAUGGCACAAUUUGCUUCUUCUUAACGUGAUUUUUGUGGAUUUGAUGGCAACUGUUCUUUGUGUUCCAUUCGGUGUGGUUGUUCUCAUAACAGGGAGGUGGAGUUUUGGAAAUGCUCUUUGUUCCAUGGUCGCCUAUGUGAGCUGUCUUCUCCUGACAGUCUCAAUUAUAACUCUAGCAGCAAUAAGCAUCAGCCGAUAUUUCUUGAUAACGAGCCUCUUAAGGUACAUGAACGUCUUCAGAAAGCAAAACAUCACAUGGAUGAUAAUACUAAUCUGGAGUUUCGCCGCGUUAUGCGCUUUUCCGCCAUUUUUGGGAUGGGGAGAUUUCCUCUUCUUGCCAGGAAACGCCAUGUGUUUUAUAUUCUUUGGUUCUAAUUUGUUCUACGCCGCGGUUUUCACACUAUUAGUGAUCGGUCUGCCAGUUUUUGUUAUUAUUGCAUGCUUUGUGAGGGUGAAGCUUCUGAUCGAGAUGAACAAACGUAUAAAGUCGUUUACGUCAGUGACUUCCAUUGCGUCUGAGGAAAUCGACUCGGCCAAAACUCUGUUUUCAGUUGUAAUCAUGGUACUCCUGUGCUGGUUUCCGAUUUUGCUGCUUUUUCUGCUGGCAGCCGUUGGGAUAGAAAUGCCAAGACAAGCAUCACUGAUGUCAACAUAUAGCAUAUUUCUACCAUGCGCGCUGAAGCCCGUUAUCUAUUUCUGCAUGAGGAGACAAUUCCGGACUGGAUUUCUAGCUAUUUUGAAUAAGCUUCUACCCGAUGUGUACAAGAGAAGACGGAGAAACCGUGUUGCUCAUAAAUCAAUAAUUAGAGAUUGUGCAGUAAACAGACAAACAUCCCGAAUCCACAGUGAAAGGCAUGAUCAGUUCAAACUUAAACACGAGUCUGCCGAAUUCGAAGAAACAAGAAAUAUAUAA